AUCACUACGUAGGUUACGUACGGGUCCGUACUUUCCAGGCUCCAUGCAAUAUGCUGCACGUGUUCAUUGUAUCCGUGGUUUGAAUUUUAUGAUCACGAUCAUGAUGGUACUCUCGACUCUCCCUCAUGCGCUAGUCUAGCUAACUAUAGGUUCGUUCCACUGUUGUCGUCGCUAGUAGGUGGAGACGAUAGCGUAACCAUGAGUUAACAAUGCCAGCCGUUAAGAGGAAACAACCUCCACAAUCUGGUCAAAGUGACCAAAAUGGUUCAGUCUCCAAGAAGAUGAAGAAUGGUGCUCAAUCAUUGAAGCAAUCAAAGAGAAGAUCAAAGAAAAACAAGAGGAAAAAGGCACGGCAAAAGAAAAAGAUGAAUCUACCAUCAAGACUCUCAAGAAUUAUUAAUUAUGGAGCCAAGAAGGCACAGACUUUGCUGACACAGAGAAAUGCUACGAUCCGUUGUCCGGGAAAUGGUGACACAACAAAGGGAACCAAAUCCAAGACAAAUGGUGAUGUGAAACCCUUGCUUGCUAGUCGAUCGUCUUCAAUCUCCCCCCAUGAAAGCAGAUUUGAAAGGGGCAUUCCAAAAGACAGACUCAUAUCCUUGGAUUGCGAGAUGGUUGGCGUGGGACCACAGGGAAGGAUCAGUGCUUUAGCAAGGUGCAGCAUCGUCGACUACAACUGUAACGUCCUCUAUGAUGCGUAUAUCAAACCGGAGCUUGAAAUCCUGGAUUAUCGGACUCCAUGGAGUGGCAUCCGCAAGCAGGACAUGGAGGAUGCAACCCCCUUCAAGAAGGCGCAGCCUUUGAUCCAAGGUAUUCUUGACGGGAAGAUACUCUGUGGUCAUUCCAUCAGGUUUGACCUUGCUGUACUACAGAUGGGUCACCCUAAGGAGGACAUUCGCGAUACAAGUAUGUACCGAGGGCUCCAGGAACUUGCAGGGUUGACCCUCAGGACCGGUCAACACCCUGGCCUUAAGAAAUUGACCAAGUUGCUGUUUGGACACUCGAUCCAGAGUGGCGAGCACUGUUCUGUUGAAGAUGCCAAAGCAACGAUGAAUCUGUACAAACUCGUGGAGAAUCAAUGGGAAGAGGAAAGGAUCUCUGUGUUUCCUGAGCGAGAUUUUAGGCUAAGCUUUAUGGAUGAUCACUACUGGCCUGAUGAUUUAGAGUAAUACAAAUUUUUAAAAAUGUUCUUUUUGUGUGAUUAAGGACACUGGACACUAUUGGUAAUUGUCAAAGUCCAGUCU